CUAGAUUAUUGUGUAUUGAUAUGGAACAGGACGGGACCGUUGUUUAAUUAAUUAUACAAUUUGUGCAACCCACAGUUAACGGAUAGUUACAUUAUUACUAGCAAUUGAACAACAUAGCAUGGCUUGUAUUUUGUGCCAUUUUCCUUCUGUGAAGAACUCCGUGAUUAUUUGAAUAUGGAUUUAUUUACUUCUUAAUUGACCUAAAUUACGAAAAUGGCGACUGUAAGAGUAGGUCAAAGCAGAUCUGUUCCUUUGUCAACAGUGCUUUUGAGGUACUUUGUUUUCUUGAAUGUGUGUUCAGCUGUCAAGUGUGUCAAAGACUGGGAUUCUAACAAAUUGAAAGGAUCAGGCUUGACUCUGAAAGAUCUAGGGAACAGUGAAAGUUUGACUAAAUUAUUUGCAAGUGAUGGUUAUUUUACAGACACUACACAAGAAAAAGUAAAGCCAUUUAAUGGAAUAAGUAUACAAAAUGAAGCCCAGAAGCUCUCAGCAAAUCUGAGAUUAGUGAGCAAUGAAGAGAUUGGGGUCACAACUAUGCAGGCUAUCUAUGACACACUGCCAUAUACCGAUGUGCAAGCUGACUACCGUAAUACUCUCAGGGAUAUGACUGAGAGAAUACACCAAAGAUUUAAAAACUACCUCCAAAUUGUACAAACGAAUAAAAUCAUUGUGCAGAACCUCUAUAAAUUCCAUAUUAAACAACCAAUCACACAGAAGUUUGAUUGUUGUCAUCUCAACGCUUCAGAUUUAAGGCCCGAUAGUGAGUACCGAUGUAAAAUAUCUAGGAUUACAAGCUGUGACCUUAUACCAUUCCGUGUACCUGAUGGAGCAUUCAACCCUGGAAGGAAUCUCACAGAAGUAUGGAAGAGCAACAUGAAUUUCUUCCCAACCUUGAAGUGGCAAUAUUAUAUAUCAACAGAAGGGAUUCACAAUGAGUACCCCGGCAGUGCCUUCCAGUGGACCAACUGUCCAUCAAUGCAUGAUACCAGACACAGAGAUGUGUAUGUAUCAACAAUGCAGCCCCAAUCGAAGCAUGUUGUGAUUAUGAUGGAUCAUGGGAAUUCCCUCAGUGCCACGCAGAUGUUGAUGGCAAGAAGUAUAGCGAAAAAUCUGAUUGCUUCAUUCACUGAAAAUGACAGGAUUGCUGUGAUAGGGUUGUCAUCAGAGGUGACUUAUCCUAGAGAUGACUCCUGUGUUAAGAACAGUCUUGUUCCAAUGACCUUUGAAUCCAAAUUCUUCUUUAAAAGGUUUAUAGACAACCUGGAAAAACAAGAUGUUUCUACUAAUCAUUCUCUGGGUUUCCAGCAAGCCUUUAAAAUGAUUGGUCAUUCAUUACAACAGUUUAACAAAGAAGAGGGUAUGAUAAUCUAUAUCAGUAGAGGUCUGUUAUCAUCUCUGACCGAAGCUAAAGAUGUCAUGGAAACUAUAGCAUUCUAUAAUGGUAAAAUGGACAACAGAAUUAUCAUCAACACAUAUGCUGUUAUUGACAGCAAUAAACCAAUCAUGUAUGAGAAAAGUUUCCUACAGGAUGUAGCCAAUCAGAACUAUACCAAAUAUAAUGUCAGUCCUCGUAAUAAAUCACCUGUCAAGCAUGGCAUGAUGCUGGCAAUAAACAACACGAGAGAUCUGAGCAUGACAGUGGGAAGAUUUUAUGUGCCAUUCAAUAAAACAACUGCAGAAGAUGCCGUGUUCUCACUGCCAUAUAUUGACAAUGCUGAUGGAGCUCUAACCAUGAGUAUUAGUAUGGCAUGCUUGCACAAUAAGAUGCCAAUCGGUGUAUCUGGAGUGGAUUUACACAUGGAAUACCUCGUUCAGGAUAUCACAUACUUCAACCAGGCAGAUAACUCAUACGCUUUCAUGAUUAACGAGAAUGGAUAUACCAUAAUGCAUCCAUCUUUCACUCGACCAAUCAAAACCAGUCUCCAGCCCAUGCAUACAGAUAUUUGGCAUUUUGAAAAUGUACCAGGUUUUGAAGAUGUUAGAAGUAACAUGUUAAGACGUGCUGAAGGGGAGCAGACAAUGUAUAUUAAGGAAACAAGCAAUUCUACUGGUGUUGUAACAACAUAUGAGGUGUUCCAUGCUAAAUAUAUCUGGAAAAAGGUUGAUAAUACACCAUUUAUUGUGGCCAUCAAGAUCCUACAGAAGCAUGAUUUCGUCAAGCAUCUAAAUAAUCACGUAAGUCUACCAGACCUGGUGUACCAUAGGAUAGAUAUACUACCAGCUAACAAGAUGUGCCUACACCUCAAACAGCUUGCCACUACAGAUUCUAGCACAGUGUUCCUGUCUGCCAGUAGUUUUAAGAACCCAUUUGAACAUCUCAAUCAGGGUGUAAACAAAAGAAUGGUGCAGAGUUAUGUGGCAUAUCUCAAAGAUGACACAAGGCUUAUCAGUAAUCCUGGUCUCAAGGAAACAGUAAGGAAUGAUGUAGCUGCCACUGCAGGUAUUGAUAAGGUGUGGAAACGUAGAUUUAAGGUCAGUGAACUGAAGGACUACAUUGUGAGGCGUUACAUUACAACACCAAGUGGAGUGUUUCGGUCGUAUCCUGGGGCCUUAUUUGAUGAGACAUAUGAUCCAACAAAACAGCCUUGGUAUGAACGAGCAAUGCAGUACCCAGGUCAGGUGACUUUGACAGCUCCAUAUUUGGAUGUGGGCGGUGCUGGCUAUAUUGUUACAAUAAGUCAUACUAUCUUUGAAGGGCAAGCUCAAUCUCUACAUAGUGCCUCUGAUAAAAUCAUAGCUGUGAUGGGGAUGGAUGUAACACUUGGUUACUUCUACAAGAUGAUCCUAGAUCAUAUAUCUGUGUGUAGAUUGGCUGGUGUCAGAUGUUUCUUGAUUAAUGAUGAUGGUUAUAUGAUAGCACACCCGUCACUGGUAGAACCUGAUGGUCACGGUCCAGUCGAAGAACAACAUAUAACGCAUAAGGAGCCACUUGUUGCUAAUGAUAUUCUCAACCACAUACAUUUUGUACACAAGAAGUUAUGUAACCGAUAUAAUGAUAGGACUAUACAGAGGUUUUACAAGUUCAACACAAGUCUUGAUGGAGUGCUAACUAACCUAGUCCACGGAGAACACUGCGCUAGGUACCAGAUAGUGUCUGUACCGGGAACCAAUAUAUUUCUUGGAAUGAUCAACCAUACCUGUGACCUGGCAACAGCUUUUUGUCCUUGUAGUAUGCUUGACCGUUUAUGUCUGAACUGUAACAGGAUGGGCCAAGUGGAAUGUGAAUGUCCAUGUGAGUGCCCUCUAGCCAUGGACUUCUGUACUGGGGAUCUUCUAAAAUCUGAGGAUAUGAACCCAAGUUGUCCUAGAUUCCCGGAGAAGGAAAGAAUACCUCGAAUAGAUUCAGAUAUGACCAAUGGUCUCAGUCAAUGUAACAAUGUCAAAUGUGAAAGUAAAACAACACAAAUGGAUUGUUUGGGAGUGAUAGGUUGUGAGUGGUGUCAGGCUAAAGGUUUGAACUCCUAUGAUAAAGAUGGCAUGGAGGUACAUAAACCAUUACCCCACCCAUUUUGCUCUAGUCAAGCCGCCUGUUUUGGAGGGGUAGUCGGCGCACCAAAUCCCUAUGGUGACAGAGCAGUGUUACCAAUAGAUGGAGAUGACGAGGCCGGCACAAAGAGUGCUCCAGUUGGACCAGUAGCAGGGGGAAUUAUGGGAUGUUUCCUAAUUCUAGCUCUAGGGGUAUACUGUUACCGUCAUCGUGUUCAUCGAAACUCGCUACAAUAUAUCAGUACUCUACCAGAGAACCAGAAUCGACAUUCGCAGUUCUACGAGACCGAAGAUCUGGAUCAGAUUGAAGACAAUGGAAAUGGUCAUACAAACUUUGUAUUGGCAACAUUUGAGAACCCAGCCAGUAUAUCCCCGUACCGUGUUAACACGUCAUACAGACGUCCAGCUGGCGGUGAUAGUGACCAUGGUUACAGUACAAUGACGCCGCAUGACGACAGUGAACAUGCUAGUUUACCGUGUCUCGAACCUCUCAUUGUCGGAAAAGACCGUUAUAAACCAGGAAUUCAUUCCUCAACAAAAACACCAACAAUACCACCGCCACCCAGUGUGGCAAGUAGGCGGAGUCGAAGUCCGACCCCACCCCAAACUAGACUUUCUGGAUAUCAACCAAUCAUAGAACAGGUUGAUCCAUCACAAACAAUAAUUGACACAAGUAUUCAGGACAACCCUCAUAGUGUUUUAGCAAAUGUGCAGGUCCACAUGGUGGAUUCUCAUUAAACUGCAUAUUACAAACAAGGUUGUCUUGUUCUUAAUUAAGCCAGUUAUGUGCUAAAGUGGAGAGUGUUAUUAACUAAAUGUUCCAGAGUUUUAAACUGGAGAAUUAUUAGAGUUUAGUCAUGGACAUGAAAAUAAAUUCAGGGCAUUCUAGAUGUAGAGUUUUGUUUAUGACAGAAGAUGGGCAUCUUUGCUGCUUGACAAGGAUGCUCGUAAAUGGUGCGGAACUUCGGACAGAACGAGAUGGUAUUCACAAGUAUUGUAGUUCUAGGAUCGUAAAACUUUGCUUCAGUCUUGAGAAUGAAUCCUAGAGAUACUGUGAGGGCACGUUGAUAAGUCAAUUUCAGGGAAAUAGAUUUAGUGAAUAGUUCAUGGUAAAGGAAAGGAUGUUUAAAUUUUUUGCCAUAUUAUAGUUUAUUAGUUAAGUCUGUUUAAAGGCUAAUUCUGCCAUACUGUGUGUCGUCACAAUAAGUUACAUGAUCAAAUCAUGGUAAGACUUUAGUGAUGGGGGUAAAGGUACACAGAUAUACAAGAACUUUACUUUCUUAUUGGAAGUGGAACAAAUAUUUAUGACUACAAAUAUUGAACAAACAAGUUUAAGAAUCUCUAGUGGAAUUGGAAUAGUUUUGCAAAAAGUGUUUCAACAAAAAAAAUAAACGAGUAUUUUGAACAAUUUCUUAACAAUUUUCUUUUUUGAAAUAGACGAUAGAAAUUUUAAGUGUUAUCUAAUAUUGUUUGUUAUGAAUAAAGAUGCAAAGGUACAUAAGUAAUGUUCAAUAUUGAGAAAUAGAAAUUUUCUGUGUACUGUAACCAUGUAUACAGCUUGCCAGUAUGUGAAUGAUUAUUUUUUAUGAAUUACCGAAAAAUUAACUCUAAAGCCAGUAAAAUAUAACCAGUAAUGCAUUCAUGUAAAUAAUCUCAUUUUUGUUGAAAAAAAAACCAAACAGGGUAUACAAGAGAACAUUUCAGGUUUGAAAAAAUAUCAUAUAUUAUUAUUAUUAUUUCUAGCCAGUCUCUUAUGUAAAGAGAAUGAAUGAUUUAGUAUUUAUUGAUAUACAGUAUAACCUCCGUAUUGCAAUGAUCUCUGGGAGACAACCAAAUUUGUAGUUGCUCUAGAAGGGUAGUUGCUCUAAAGAGGUGAAAUUUAUUAUGAAUUAUUACUUUUGAAAAGUAUUGAUAGAGAGGUUUUAAAGAGGUUAUUGCUGUACAGAGGUUUACAUUACACUAUAUUAUAAUAUUGUAUAGACUUGUUGCCAUGUUUCGUUACCUUCAUAUCGAGGGUUUAGAGCAAAACUGGUAUAUAUGCCUCUAUUUCUAUAUAAAGAUGGACCAGUUUCGCUCUCAGCCCCAAGUAUAGCAACUGGGCUGACUGCAAAUAUGUUAUAUGUAACAGCUUUUCAGACUUCUUUUCCUUGCUUUUCACAAACCGGUCAUGUUAAUGAAACCUGACUUUUGUUAACUCUUAUAUAGAGAUAAAGAAAAUAGAAAAAAAUAUAGACUGGUUAAGCACUAAUUUAGUGAUAAUGUGGAAAAGUCUUUAAUACUAGUAGUUGCAAUACAAUUCUUAUGCUUGAAUUUGGACAUUAAAGUAAAUAAAUAGAUUUUAAUCUAUGUUGUGCUUGUUUUAAAAUGCAUUCUUUCUUACAACGUUGGAUAUAUUUGUUAUAUAUAUAUUACAAUUGAAAUCUGAGCUAAUUUUGAUGCUAAUUUCUGUAAUAACUUGUUAAUACUUUUCAUUAACUUGUAAUAUAGAGAGGCCAGCCUACAGGUCUUAUAGUCAGGUCAGUCAGACCAGACAAAUCUUACAAGACAGUGGCUGCUUAAUACCUGUAUUAAUAUUUUUACAUUAGGUUUUUAUGAUGAACAUAGUAGUUAGACUAUGCAGGUGGAGACACAUUUUUCAUUCUUAUGUGUCUCUUAUGUGUGUCAGAUAUAGAUGAUGAAGUUCAGCUAUUUUCAAUAGAAAUUUGUCUGUUACUGUAUUACUGUGUACAGAACACAGUUUUAAACUUUUAGAUAAAGUUUUGCCAUUUUCUAAAUAUUUCUUUUUUUAGAUAUAUGAGCUAUAUAAUAAACAAUAAUAUACAAUAAUUAGCUCGUAAUUUUAUCAGAAACAUGUUAUGACUUUGUUUUUUUGUAUAUUAUAGAUAUGUAUAUGUUUGGUCAACAUGAUUACCUCUGUAUUUUUGUACAUUUUUUUUUAAUGUUUUUAUCAUUACCUGUACACAUAUGAGCCGUG